GCCCGGAAUUUUGGGUUUGUUUAAUCAUAUCAGUUUCUGUUCAAUCAGCGGAUAUACCACCAAAAACAAUCUAUCCAAGAUGUUCAAGUUUUUCGCACUGUGCCUGUUCGCCCUGCUGGCCGUUGCCUGUGGCAAGCCGCAAUUCCUGACCGCCUACAGUGCGGCCUCGCCUGUGGUGGCUGCCACGCCCUACGCCUACUCGGGCGGACUCUACGCACCCACGUACAGCGCUGCCUACACCAGCGGCGUCUAUGCCACGCCCUACGCCUACGGAGCCUAUCCCUACAGCUCGCUGUACCUGAGACGCUGAAGUUCCCACACCACCGAAUGCACACUGUACUACUGAUAAUUCCCGAUGACGUCGACCUAAUGAACAAAUAAACCUGAUAAAACAGAUAAAGAUUCGCAUACCAAAGGCCAGCUAUUUGCUGUCAUUUGCUUUGAGCAACUGCAGAUUAAAAGGGGCUGCAAAAUGGGAGUGGCAUUGGCCCUACACUCGCAGAAAAACACGUGUUAAAUAUUUGAAAAAAAACAAUUAAACCUAUAGCACAUGAUUAUAGAAA